AUGGACUUCGAACAGUAUGGGCAGAGCUCUCAGCAGCCUCGACAACGGAGAAGAAGAGCUGGAAAGCGGCGAUUGAACAAUAAGGCACCUAUUGCUGCUCGUUUAGCGCUGGACCCCCAGCUGCGUGGGAAAGUCGGCAUAUUAUCCGAGGAUCUAGCGAAUGACCUGUUCCAGCAACAGGCCCUCCAAGAUGUUACGACUUCCGACGACGGAGUGCUCUAUGUUGCAAUUGCCCCGCAUAUCCCGACUCAUACCUCCGUGGAGGACCAAACCUGGACAAUACUCCCAGUGCGCAUCCAGCCCUCAGAGAGAUCUCCGGCUACCAUGUCACACUCGACCGUUUUGUUCCCUGAAUCGGCAGACUCACUCCAGCCUUUCCUCCAGGCUCUCGGGAAAGUCGAUUCGUCACGCAACUCCCUACAGGCGCACCGUUCUGUCGAGAUUCGGAUUUUAGAUGUCGCCCCAAUCCACCUCGAUACGAUAUUUGUCACCGUCGAGCGACAUCUUCUCCGCAACCAUGAUGACGUUCAAACCAGAUUUGGUGGUGGGUUCACGAAUACGCAGGGGCCAAAUGGACUCUGGGGUAAAGCGGGGAAAACCGCAGAAGCCAAGAAGUAUUCGAAACGGGCUGCAGCCGAUGCUGAACAACGUCUUACUGCCGCCGUUCGUGAGGCAUUGGGUGCUCAGCGCAUUGUGCACACCGGAGAUGUGCUGCCCCUUCCACUCCCAUCCCAUCCAAUCACUCAUGCGCCACCACCCCCGGCGCGAAUCUCAUUUUGUGAGCCUGUUUCGCAAGGCUUGCUAAUGUCGACGACAAAGAUCGUCCUUGUGCAAGCUCGCCCCCAAGGAAUCCGUGCCUCGCAAACCUUGCCUUCGAGGUCCUCGCUUCUGAGGCAAGUGGCCGAGGAUGAAGCUGACGAUACUUCCAACGAACAAUUUUAUUCUGCUGCCGAGGACAAACCCGGGGAAAGUGGAACGGAGAUGGAGGCUACCUCAGCUGCUGAGGAGUCUGAAACAGAGGGCUCAGUGGGUUCCAUGAGUGAUUCCUCAGAUGACUCCCUCGAAGACAUGAUUUCCCUCAGUGCGCCUGAACUGCCCCAGACAGCGUCGGGAGUGAUGUCUUCUAUGAGCUCAGCCACUCCCAGAGCCGGCGGUCGACGAUUUGAUGACAUUCAUACUCCUGGAUCUGUGGCAUCGAAUUUCACAUCGGCCACAAUGCGCCCUGGCCGUGGCGGGGGCAAGACUUUCAAAGUGGAAGGGCUUUUGCAGCAGGUCCCGAAUGAAGUGCUGCACCCCAGACCUCGCGAUGAUGAAGAUGUUGAUUCGUUUGUCUUUGUGGAUGUCAGCACUCUCGCCAAGAUUGGAUGCUUCUCUGGUGAUUGGGUCAGAAUUGAAGCUGGCGAAGAACCCCAGCUGAACAUGUUCGCCUCCCUCAAAUUUGGAAGCUUUACCGACUCCCCAGAGGACUCGGGCGAUUGGCGCCCUGUAAAGAUCUUCGGUCUUUCUGGUCUUCCAUCCUCCAAGCCACGGUAUGCCAUUAAUCACUCAGGUGAACGCCGUUCGAGCAUGUCACAACGUCAACCCACCCGCUUGACGCCUACCGUCUAUGUCCCGCCGUUGCUUCUUGGCAACAUCGACAAUCCGAAGUACCUGCGCAUUUCUCCUAUGACCUUCGCCACCCCCAGCGGCACCUCAAAAGCUGGUCUUCUCCACCACAUGAAGAACACAGCCGCCAAGAACCCGCCUUUAGCGAAGGAAGUCACGCUGCUCAAGCACUACUUUGAGUCGCGCCGGCGCAUUCUUAAAAGUGGCGAUUUGGUUGGAAUCAGUGUCGACGAAGGACUCGGCCGAGCAGUGUUCUCUGGAACCGCUGGCGGUGACAGCGCCAACCAGGAGGAAGAUAUUACUACCCGGCUAGGCCAAACCCCCGACGCCGGUAGUGCCGGUGCUCGUAAAAUCGGCGUCGCCUGGUUCCGUGUCGGGCAGGUAGCCCCGAUUGCUGUAGAGGAGGUGGAGGAAACAGGCGAAGACCAGUGGGGUGGAGUGGCUGUGCUCGACCCGGCAACUACACGCAUGGUGCAGGCUGGAAGCGACGUGAGUCGAGUUCCCGGUGUGUUGGGCAACGGGUGGGAAUAUUGGCUGGGCGUCAAGACCAUCCCAAAGAGCAUUCAAGAUGCUCCGACUCCUCAUGGAAUUGUUGCCGACGCACCUCAAUCCUUUAUCUCCCCUCUGCAGGAGCGACUGCGCGAUUUGAUGUCUGUCGCCACGAGCCCCCGAGCUAUUCAGCUAGGCAUGAAGCCUGUCUUUAUUCUUCUCAGGUCCCAGCAAAGGCAUAUCGGCAAGGCGACUGUCGCGACUCGGGCAUGCUCUGAUAUCGGUCUCCACACAUUCCCCAUCGACGCGUACGAUAUUUUGACUGAAGGCGGCGCAAACGGAGGCGACGUCAAGACCGAGGCAUAUCUCAAGGCACGGGCAGAGCGAGCUUUCCACUGUGGGGCAAACUGCACCGCGCUACUGAUCAGGCAUAUCGAGGUUCUGACCGCUGAUCGUAUUGUUACUGCAAUGACGGAUAUCCUGAACGAUGCCAGAGUGGUUAUCGCCACCACCACCGAUGUUGAAACCAUCCCAGAAGGGAUCCGCGGCCUGGUCACCCAUGAGUUCGAGAUGGGCGCCCCAGAAGAGAAAGAGCGUGAGGGAAUUCUGCGGAAUGCCGUUGCAGAACGCAGUAUUAAACUGUCUGCUGAUGUGGAAUUGGGAACCGUGGCCUUGAAGACCGCAGCGCUUGUUGCAGGAGACUUGGUCGAUGUCGUGGAACGAGCUGCUGCCGCAAGAACGGCUCGCCUCGAAAGCUUGGCGGAGGCCAGCAAGAAAAUCUCUGGCUCGGAGGUCUUUGUCAGAGACAUCCUGCUUGCAGGAGGCGACGGUGCACGCGGUGUCACAAAGGCAGACUUUGACGCCGCCGUUGAGGCUGCGCGCAAGAACUUUGCGGAUUCGAUCGGCGCACCCAAGAUUCCGAACGUUGGCUGGGAUGAUGUUGGUGGACUGACCAAUGUCAAGGAUGCCUUGAUCGAGACUAUCCAGCUGCCUCUGGAACGUCCAGAACUGUUCGCCAAGGGUAUGAAAAAGCGCAGCGGUAUCUUGUUCUAUGGCCCACCCGGUACGGGCAAGACCCUGCUUGCCAAGGCCAUUGCUACCGAGUUCUCUCUCAAUUUCUUCUCUGUCAAGGGCCCUGAACUGCUCAACAUGUACAUUGGUGAAUCCGAAGCCAACGUGCGACGAGUAUUCCAGCGCGCUCGUGACGCCCGCCCUUGCGUUGUGUUCUUCGACGAGCUGGACUCCGUUGCCCCCAAGCGUGGUAACCAGGGAGACAGUGGUGGUGUUAUGGAUCGUAUUGUCAGUCAGCUACUCGCAGAACUGGAUGGCAUGAACGGAGGAGAGGAGAACAGCGGCGGCGUCUUCGUUAUUGGUGCGACUAACCGUCCCGAUCUGCUUGACACUGCACUUCUCCGUCCUGGACGUUUCGACAAGAUGCUCUACUUGGGCGUCUCAGACACACACAGGAAACAGGCGACCAUUCUCGAGGCUUUGACUCGGAAGUUCGCUCUUCACCCUGAUGUCUCACUUGACCGGGUCGCGGAGCAGCUUCCUUUGACUUACACUGGUGCUGAUUUGUAUGCGCUUUGCUCUGAUGCGAUGCUGAAGGCCAUUACCCGAAAGGCUACUGCUGUUGAUGAGAAGAUUAAGAGUUUGCCCGAUGGCCCUGUUAGCACUGCUUGGUUCUUCGACCACCUCGCCACAAAGGAGGAUGUGAAUGUGAUGGUCACCGAGGAAGACUUCUUGUCUGCCCAAGGAGAGCUCGUUCCUAGUGUUAGCGCCAAGGAACUCGAACACUUCGAGCGCAUUCGCCAGACCUUCGAAGCAGUUGACAAGUCAAAGCAAAACCCCUCUGCUGCCGCGCCGCAGACAAUCGCCGAGGCGAUGGAAGCAUUCAACCUUGGCGGCUCUGGAACAAUCAGUGAGGCGCUAAUCACACCAAGCGAGUCACCGGCCACAAAUGGUGACAUCCAUCCAAUCGGUGGUAUCCAAGGCCGCAUUAAAGGCCUGAACAAAUGGCCAGGCAGUCUUGUCCGCAGCCUAAGCGGCCAAUCAACACUCAGUGGUAAAGGCAAGGGAAAGAGCUCCAGUAAGAAGGGCAAGGGGACUCGCACUGGCUCUUCACAGCUUGAUGGAUCUCUUAGCGGGUCUGUUAGUGGGUCUGUUGAUGGCGACGAGGAUGAGCAGGCGGAUGGGGCCAAUGGGUUUGAAGACGAGGAUGAUUAUGUCGUCCGGACUGAUCACUUGAGGAACCUCAAGGACGACGUCGAGAUGGUUUUGAGGCUUCCUCGAUUGGUAGAGCCCUCCCAUUCCCAACUUCUCUCCAUCUCUAACAAUAUCAUCACGUGUGUUUCGAUCCCCAACGAACCUUUACUACACUACACCAUCGGCGCAUUCGUGAAUAACCAGUGGUCUUCGAACGUUGAUUCCUGUAUCAACGAUUCCACAUCAAUCACGUUCGUACUCGUACUAGCUCUUGCCGUCGUCGAAAACAAGAGGAAACACGCUUGCCGAGUGACCCCAUACCGAACACAUCCUAUCCCAAAAACUUGUGUGUUCGACGCCGAUCUCGCUAUCAAAAUGCGUUUCCUCGCGGAUGAGGACACUGUCGCAAAGGCGAAAUUUAUAGCCCACAGCAUAGAUCCUCGCAAGAUUCUCCAGAUGACUGCACAGCUAGAGUACAUAAGCCCCAUUGAUCACGACGUUGAGAUUGGCAAGCCACUUGAUCCAGACACCAGAUUCGAGAACGACUUGGGGGUCUUGAACUGUUUCCCGCUCGAGAUACUGCUGGAGAUAGUCGAGCAUCUUGACGUUCCCAGUGCCAUGGACUUUUCUCUGGCUAAUCACAUGGCCCAUCACGUCGUUGCCAGAAGCUCGAUGACCUUCUUAAAGAAAUGGGCCCCCGGAUUGCCGAAUGUUCUCUGGUUCGCCCGCAUCCCCCGGCGUUUCGCGGUCUGGGAGUUGAAAGAAGCAAUUCGCAGUACCUACUGCAUCUCAUGCGGCGACCGGGCCUCUUGGAUCUGGCUUGCAGAGAUGACAACUGCAGCCUUUGCCCUGCCAUUGGACGAGCUCGAAAAGAUUCCACCGAUCUUCGCCGUUGGCUGGCGUGACGAUGACCCCAGAGCGGCCAGUCCCCCCAGCUUGCUUGACCCCCCGGCGAGGGCGCCCAUCAAAACUGCGGCAGGGGAGAUCCGCGCAGGUAUAAAGGAUCCGAAGUUUGCUGUUGUUCCAGGGGGUGCUUUCUUGCCCGAAUCCGAUUACGAUGGAUUCCGCGGAGCUCAUCUGGAGCCUUUGACCCAGGCUCAAUUGCACAAUCCCGAGUACAGACACCACUGGACCUUUCCUUCACUCGCCAAUGGCGGAAUAUUCUCCGCACCAAUCGUCCCCCGUGCGCAGACACAAUUGCUCACUUACACAUGCCGCGGCUGUGUCUCCAUGCUCCUCCAUCCGCAUAUUAAAGCGUUGAACGAUGAAGAAAAGGGUUGGUUGAACAUUGACCUUUCCCUCACUGCGCCCGAGGCAUACCUUGAGGUCUACCGGCGCGCAUACUGCAUGAGGUCAGAAGACGAAAUGGCCGAGCAUAUUCGAUCCGAAUGUUUGGGCGGCCUGUCGCUGAUCUACGGCAUUCUGAUCCUCGCACGGCGUCGGAGCCCGUUGCUACUGCCCCCCCUUAGGGACAGUGUUAAUGUUACAGUGUAUCAAGUGAGAAAAUGA